AUAGAGUGUAGAAGACAGCGACUCGGGUAUCACUGGAGUGUGGAACAUUUGUUGCCUGUAUCUUUACGAAUCGCAGCAGGUUAUAACCAAACCAUUCCUUUUGCUUUCAAAGGAUUCCAUAAUAUUAGCUGAAGUCAUGAAGUCCCCCAAAGUGAAGGCUGCAGGCAGAAGAACUACCUUAAUUGAAGAUGAUGAUUUAAAUGAGGUGCUAUGCGAAUUUGAUGCGGUCAUAGCAGAUUUCUCUUCUCCCUUCAACAAGAGACGCUUUCGAUAUGAUGAGCACCUCCAAACAAUGAAAAGAAGAAGUAGCGCCAGCAUCAGUGACAGUGGAAUCAGCGACUCCGAAAGUGCUGAUUCUCUUAAUAGAAACAGUUUUAGCUUCAGUGAUGAAAAGCUCAAUUCUCCUACACUGUCCUCUCCAACACUGUGUUCUCCAGUAGAUACACCUAGGAAAGCAAAACUUGGAGAUACAAAAGAGUUGGAAGACUUCAUUGCUGAUCUUGACCGAACACUAGAAAGUAUGUGAAAUGGUUUGAUUUAUAAAAAUAUUACAAAAGGCCAGACAGCCUCAUGAAGUGUGUACAUAGUGUUACAAAGCCACACCAGCUGAAGACCGGACUUUAUUCAUGUUAUAUUCGUUCUUAGAAUAUGACUUUGCUGCAUGAAUUUAGAAAAAAAAAGAAAUUUAAUACUUUAAAGAAGAUACAGCUGUUCUGUAUUUUUGUACUUAAAUAUUGCAUAUGUGUAAUUUAAAUAGCUUUUAUGAAGAUAAUUUGUAAUAUUAUUAUAUAGUUGAAGAAAAAUGUAAUAAAGCUUUUUUCAUUAUAAUAUAUUUUUGUAUACAAAUAAAACAAUUAAUGUUG